AUGAUUUCACUGAAGGUAUUGCAAUUGGGUAUGAAUUUUCAUCUUGAGGGUCCGAUUCUUAUCACUCUUGGUAACCUUUGCAAUCUAAUGGUUUUGGACCUCAACGGUGUAAAUAUUAGCCAAAAUUUUCAAGAGUAUGGUGGCCCUUUUUCUGGUUGUAUCAGAAAUAGUUUGCGGGAAUUGCUCUUAGCUCAAACUUCACUUGUUGGUUAUGUUCCAGAUGAGUUUUGGAACCUCGAAUAUCUAGAAGUUCUUAACAUUUCACAUAACUCUCUCUUGGGUUCAAUACCUCCACGAAUUGGUAGGCUUUCAUCACUAUUUCGUUUAGAUCUAUCAAACAAUCACUUUAGUGGAGUUAUCCCAAAGAAUAUCAGGCAUCUAUCCAAUUUGGAGGAAUUGUCUCUGGAAAAUAACAAUUUUGAGGGUCCAUUGAAAGAAGACCAUUUGGCAACAAUGUCUUGGUUAUCAUAUCUCUUCCUCUCAAUCAACAAACUAAAUGGUACGGUACCUUUUAGUUUAUGUAAUUUGAAAAAUAUAGUAGUGUUGGAUAUCUCUAGGAACCAUUUGUCUGGAGAGCUUCCUAACUGUUGGAAUAAUGACUCAUGGUACAAGGUGUUGGAUUUUUCAAGCAACAAUAUAUCAGGAGGAAUCCCUAAUUCUAUUUGUUCUCUUCAUAAACUUGAGUCAUUGCAUUUGAGCAACAAUAAGAUAUCAAGUGUGUUUCCUACAUCUCUAAGGGAAUGUUAUAGUUUGGUUACUCUUGAUCUGAGUUAUAAUAAUUUUUAUGGAAGCAUACCAUAUUGGAUAAGCGAGAGCUUGGUGGAGUUGGAAAUUCUUAAUUUAAGAUCAAAUAGGUUUUCAAAGUACCUCCCUCCUCAACUUUCUAAUCUCCAGAGACUUCAUUUAUUAGACCUCUCCCACAAUAACUUGUCUGGUUCUAUACCAAAAAGCUAUGGCAAUUUUAAUGCCAUGAAAUUAUCUAACAAGAUGAGCCAUUUGGGAAAUUUUUUUUCUUACAAGGAGAAUAUCUUAUUGGAUAUAAAGGGGAAUGAGUACAAAUGUGAACUAAUUUUACCCCUAAUUAGUGUCAUGGACCUUUCUUACAAUUGUUUAUAUGGAAGCAUACCUGAAGAGUUAACUAAUCUUCUUGGAUUGAAGAGCCUAAAUUUAUCUGGAAAUAAUCUUAUCGGAGAGAUUACAAACAAGAUUGGCAAAAUGCAUGAACUAGAAUCUCUUGAUUUAUCUAGAAACAGCUUGUCGGGAGUAAUACCUUCUUCCUUGAGAGUGAUUCCUUUUGAGAAGCAUCUAACUACAUUCGAUGAUCCAUCUAUCUACAUUGGCAAUAAUGAUCUUUGUGGUCCUCCUUUAAUGAAUUGUUCAAUGGAGGAAGGGCCAACAACUGCAACAGGUGCUGAUGAAGUAAAAGAUGCAAUGCUUUAUCUUAUCAUAGGCUCAGGUUUUGCCACUGGUUUAUGGGCAGAAGGCAAAGAUGAAUUUGAAUAA